AUGUACAAAUAUAUAGUAAAGAGCAUGAAGCUUAAAUCCUUGCAUCUAUUGUAUGAAUAUUUCUUGGUGUGAUGAUGCAACUUAAAGAUACAAAAUAUAAAUUUCAUUAAACAAAUUAUGUUCACGGAGUACAAGUUCAGAAAACUUUAGAAAUAUAAGUACAGAAAAUUUUAUUAAAAAUCUAAUUAAAGUAUCUCUAGGUAAAGUGGGGUAAAUAAAUAUGAAUAUUUAUGUUAAAUUUAGAUUAGAAUGUGCAAAAUCUGUAGACUAAAGAAUAAACACAGUUCUAGGUUUAAAAAAGGUUUUUAAUUUUUUUUCUUUAUUUGCAUAUGAUAACAUCUCCAUCAUGAGUCAUUACCACAUGGCCUGCACUUUGAAUAUUUGGCCAGUAACUUCGUAAUAAAGCUGGCCAAAGUCUGGCUUGUGCAUUUUCGGUUUGUCCAGUAACUUUCAGAGCACACUGGCCAAAUUGGCCUGUACUAUUUCAAACAAAGGUCAAACACUGUCGGCCAAGCGUCUCCUUUUGCCUUUGUCCAUUGUUUGAUCCAGACUACUACAUGUAUCUAUAUGAAGUAGAAGAACAUCCAAGUGAAAUGAGAUAAACUGUUGCAUUUUAAAAACAGAGAACGAGAAUACGACGGAAAUCAAAGGGACGGAAAACUUAUCAUCAGCAGACAUGACAUUAAUUUUUUUUGUAAAUGGAGUUAACUAAUUUUUCCCCUAAUUAGUCAGAGACAUUUUACGAUCUGGGUCUAUGCAAGUGGGAUAUCGCACACUGCGGACAGUUAGCACCAAUCGCGGGAGAAUAUGGCGACGCGACCACCGCGGAUUCAUGUAGACCAGCGAAAAUGUCUGAGAUACUUGAUUGUUUCGGUUUCUAUACUUUUGCUGUCUCAAUUUACAGUAAGUCUCUAUUUCACAUACGUGAAAUCAUCGACAGUGACAUUUAAAAGGAAUUUUGACCCAACAUCAAGUGAUACACCCUUUGGCAUAGUAGGACGAUUACUGGUAUCUUCUCCUCUUCCAUCAUCAUCUUCAUCAUCAUCAUCAUCAUCACCAUUAGCGUCCACCAGUGCCUCUGUAUUAACAUCCGCCUUGCCAUCAUCAACAUCAACUUCAAUACCUUCACCAACAACAUCACCGCAAUCAAUUAAGUCAACUACACCGUUAACCACGACAUCAAAACCUCCUGACGCUAAAUUGAAGACAGUUAAACCAACUGGAAUAUCAUCAUCCACGGCCGGGACAAACUUUACCACGACAGAAGGGCCAAGCACCAGUUGGGACGGAAGGUGUGGGGAGUUGCCUGCAGGACUUGAGGGACGCAGGGUGGUCAACAUGAUGCCGCCAUCUUGGGAAGACCUGCACCAAAAAUUCAGUGGUACUAGUAGCGGCAUUCUUCCUGGCGGACGCUGGAAGCCUAAAGACUGCGUUCCACGGACCCAUGUGGCAAUAAUUAUUCCGUUCAGAGAGCGCUACGAACAGUUACGGGUAUUUCUUAACAACAUGCAUCCACUUCUCCAGAAACAACAGUUGAAUUACGGAAUAUAUAUAAUUGAUCAGCGUGUUGGGUUCCACUUUAACCGUGCAAUGUUGAUGAACGUAGGGUUUGUAGAGGCAGGAAAAAUCGAGGAUUACGACUGCUUUAUUUUCCAUGACGUAGACCUGAUAGCGGAAAACGAGCUGAAUAUGUAUAGUUGCCCCGCAAAGCCGAGGCACAUGUCUGUCCUUAUUGACAAGUUUAACUACAAACCUCAAUACUCGUACAUUUUUGGCGGUGUGACUGCGCUGACCAAAGAGCACAUGCACAGGGUUAACGGCUACCCUAACCUCUACUUCGGUUGGGGCGGCGAGGACGAUGAUAUGUCUGCAAGAAUACGAAGUAAAGGCGCACCAGGGUUAAGUAGAGUUCCCGGAGAGAUAGGAAGAUAUAAAAUGAUUAAACACAAGCGAGAAAAAAGUAACCCUGUAAAUCCCCUUCGGAUUAAACUUUUAGCCACAGCCAAGACGAGGUUUUCAACCGAUGGUUUAAACAGUCUGGCUGGGAAAUACUCUGUGCUCAGAGUGGAACAACUUCCAUUGUACACACGAAUCGAAGUAGACCUGGAUGAAAAGGGAAUUUUUAUGCAAAAACAGGUGGAAAAGUUUCGAAACAAUAGCUUUAUACAAGGUGCUCUUAAGAUGAACGAGACCUUCAUAACCAUGCCCUCAACUACCACGUCCACCACACCGAAGCCAACAACUACUACGCGAUCAGUGCCACAGCAACUUCUGCAUCUUAUAAAGUCUGUUUUUAAAUGACCUCUCAAGAGAAGACAAAGCUAAGAGAAACGCAAAGUGGCGAAUGGCCUCUCAGGAGAAGACGAAGCUAAGAGAAGAGAGAAGCGGUGAUAUGUCUGUCACGUCCCUUCAUCAGUCCACAUGCAGCUUGGGCCACCUACUUAAGAUGAAUACUGAGGCAGACGUGGGUAACAAAGCCGGGGGUUGGUCUCACGACGCCGUCCCGCGCUGCAAAUGCCAGCGAGACAGUUUAAUCGUUAAAAAGCUUUAUUUUUGAGAAAAUCCGAAGGAUUUCACGAAGUUGUUAUUUACUUCUCUCCAAGGAUUAUGCCUAAAACGCUGUUAUCUAGUAAAUGACAUUUUACUAGUUUGCUUUUGCUUGAGAUGUGAUACAUUCGAUGCAGCUCAUAGACAUUUUACAAUCUGCAGGCUGUAAUUAUAUAGAAGUAAGUCAAUGUUUUUAUAAUUAAGGGUGAGAAUUACUUACAAACGUGUAAGGGGCAACUUAUGAAAGUCUACAUUUACUACCUUUUUGUUUUAUUUUGAUCAUAAAUAAACAGAGAAAAAAUAAAUAAAAAAUUA